CGCAGACGAGCAGCUGGAGCCGUUAAACAAGCAGAGGAAGAACAGCAGCUGUUUACCUCCCGGUUGUUGUUUACUUCAUUUUACCGUUUUCUAACAGGGAACCGGGCGGUGUCUCCAUGGCAACGGGCCGGCUGGUGGAGGUGUACCUGGACCUUCUGUCCCAGCCCUGCAGGGCGGUGCACAUCCUGCUGAACGCCACCAGGAUCCCGCACCGGGUCCGGACCGUGGCUCUGCGGAGAGGAGAACACAGAAGUCCAGAAUUCAUGAAACUGAACCCCAUGAUGAAAGUUCCUGUGAUGGUGGAUGAUGGAUUUAUACUGACUGAGAGUGAUGCCAUCCUGAAGUACCUAGCCACCAAGUACGACGUCCCCGAGCACUGGUAUCCACGGCAACCAGAGAGACGAGCGCGGGUGGACGAGUACACGGCCUGGCAUCACAGCAACACCCGACCCCACGCUGCCAAAGUGUUUCGACUGGAGGUUCUCAUCCCGACUCAGACGAGCUCUCAGGUGGACGAGGUGCGUUUGGUUCGUGCUCUGUCGGAGCUCGAUGACACGCUGGAUAAACUGGAGACGAUGUUCCUUCGCCGCCAGCCCUUCCUGUGUGGUGAUGACAUCACCGUGGCCGACCUGCUUGCCGUCUGUGAGCUCAUGCAGCCGGUGGGCGGGGCCAGAGACGUCCUGCAGCAGCGUCCUCAGCUGCAGCGUUGGAGGACUCGCGUCCAAUCAGCUGUGGGGGAAUCGUUUGACCGCGCCCACGCUGUGCUGUUUGCCCUGAGGGACCGCCGCCACGCCCGCCUGUGACAUCACUACAGGAGCCCGCCCAGAGGAAUGAUGUCACACCGUCAGAGCCAAUCAGAACCUGCAGGAACUGAUCAGCUGUGUGGAAGCGUGUGAUGUCAUCAGAUGAUUUCGAAUGUAACUUAAUCAUUGAGCUUUCAGCCUCGUCUCAUGGCCUUCCUCAGCAGAUCUGUUGUCAUGGAGAUGUCGUCAUGUGACCCAAGUAUGGAAGUGAGGUCACGACGACAGGUUUCAUCUUCAGAUAUGAAAAUAUGAAAUAUUCCUUUGUAAUGAGAAAAUAAAUUCUAUUUUAAUUAUU